AUGGAGCGGCUCGCCGAUGUACAGGAGUACUUAAGGUAUGAGGCACGGCACGACCUCGGUAGGGACGACUUUGCUGUUCUCUUUGCCCUUGGUUUCAUCUGCGUCUUGAUCAGCUCGGUCAUCGCCUUCUUCUGCUUCUCCUGGUCCCAGAUCACCGCCGCUGUCUGCGUCUUCGUCGGCUUCCUCAUCUGGCGCCAUGUCUCCAUCACGCGCGAGCCGUAUCCUCCGCAGAGGGGACGUCGCUGGAUCAGCGACGACGGCAACACCUCGGUGCCCGAUACCAGCCGCCUCCCCGCCGUCUACUUCUUCUACGUGCUCGGCUCCGGCGGCCACACGACCGAGAUGCUCGACAUCAUCAAGCAGAAGUUCCGACCGCAAGCCAACCAGCACCGGCGCUAUCUGGUGACCAUCGGCGACCAGGAUUCGCUCAGCCGCGUCGCCAGGCUCGAGGCGCAGAUCCACAACGCGUGCGCCGGCGACAACACGCGGGGCACGCUCGACACGUUCCAGGUCCCGCGCGCUCGCCGCGUGCACCAGCCCUUCUGGACGGCGCCCCUCACCUGCGGCCUGACGGCCGUCUACUGCAUCAACGCGCUGACGCGCGAGCCCGAGAUGCGCCCGCGCGCCCGCCACAGCACGCAGUUCAAGUACCCGCACGUGAUCGUCACCAACGGCCCCGCGACGGGGUUUGUCGUGUGCGCCGUCGCGCACCUGCUCAAGAUGUUGUACCUCGUCCCGGACAACCGCCUUAAGAUGGUGUACGUCGAAUCGUGGGCCCGCAGCCGCACGCUCAGCCUGACGGGCCGCCUCUUCUGGCGGACCAACAUUGCCAACAUGUUCUGCGUGCAGCACGAGGAGCUGGCCCAGCGGCUCGACGGCGCCGUGUACCUGCCGGCCCCGGCGCUGAGGGGUUCCGGUUAG